AUGGUAGGCUUCCUCAUCUCUCUUCUAGCACCAAACCCACGAACCUUGCAAUACACAAGAUCACUUCGUGAGAAGCUGCGCAGCUCAUUUCGCUUCGUCUUUGCGAAUGGACCUUUCUUCUCCGAAGCUGGGCCAGGAGUACUCCCUACAUACGCGGAUGCCGAUCCCUACCGAAGAUGGCUGCGUUGGACUGAAUCACACCGGGUACUGAAGCCGAAGUUUCACGUAGAAGCUAUUCGAAGGUGUCUUGAAGAUGCGAUGGUCCAAGACGAUGAAGCUGGCGGCUGUGGACCGUGGGUUGGCCUGUUGGGUUUCAGCCAAGGGGCAAGGUUGAGUGCCUCUAUCUUGUUUGAAUCACAAAGACGCCAGGCAGCCCAAGAAAGAGGAGAGGUUCUCACAGGAUACGAGGGGGAUUCUGUUUCCACUCUUUGGAGUCAGGAUUGGAAGUUUGCAGUGUUGUUUGCAGCUCCUGCGCCGCUGGUGGCACUUUCGCCCGAGAUUGGAGACUUACCCUUGCAAAAUCCAACGGAACUGGGAAUCUCACUUGAGGAUUUAGAAAGGAUAAGUCCUAUUGGCGAGUUGUCAAUCGAGAGGCCAACACUACACGUGGUAGGCAUUCAUGACGAAUGGGCUGCUUCGCAGAAGAAGCUUUAUGAUACAUAUUGUUCCCCCAAAACAAAGAGCUUGGUGCAGUGGGACGGUGAUCACCGAAUACCUAUCCAAGCUUCAGAUGUAGAAAUGAUUUGCGCGAAGAUUCUCGAAAUGGCUGGCAAGAAUAGUUAA